CGGCGCAUAGUUACUCUUGGGUUCGCGACUCUUCGUUUACCAUAUACAUAUUCCUGCGGAUGGGGUUCAAGUUUGAGGCCGAAGCAUAUACAAGCUUCAUCUUCCAGCGCAUUGCCGAAACAAAAGUAAAGAAAGGCCCUCUUCCUAUCAUGUAUACUAUUCGAGGAGAGACCGACAUUCCAGAGAUUGAGUUGGCGCAUCUGGAGGGCUAUCGUGCCAGCAAGCCGGUCAGGAUCGGCAACGGAGCAGCGUCCCAUAUGCAGCUCGAUAUCUAUGGGGAGUUGAUGGACGGUAUUUACUUGAGCAACCGCCUGGGCAAACCGAUAUCCUACGACCAAUGGCUUUCUGUGCGCGAGAUCACAGACUAUGUCUGCCAAAUCUGGCAAGAGAAAGACAUGUCGAUUUGGGAGGUGCGUAACGCCAAGCAGAAUUUUGUGUACUCGAAAAUCAUGCUUUGGGUUGCUGUAGACCGCGCUCUCCGAUUAGCUGACAAGAGGUGUUUCCCCUGCCCGCAGCGACAAGAAUGGUAUCGUGUACGAGAUGCAAUCAUGGAAGAAGUGAUGGAAAAAGGCUACAACAAAGAGCUAGGCGCAUUCAUCCAAAGUUAUGAGGCCAACGAGAUGCUCGAUUCCGCGGUCCUGAUCGCUCCUCUGGUCUUUUUCGUGUCUCCCAACGAUCCGAGGUUCUUGGGGACUCUUGACCAUAUUCUGAAGGCUCCUGAGAAGGGUGGGCUGACGAGCACUGGUUUGGUGUACAGGUACAAUUCGGCGAAGUCGGAUGAUGGCGUUGGCGGACGUGAAGGCGCGUUCAGCAUGUGUACCUUUUGGCUUGUUGAGGCUUUGACUAGGGCCGCUGCCUACGAGAGCAAGUAUCUCCCUCAGGCAGUCACCAUGUUCGAAAAUAUCCUAAGCUUUGGCAACCAUCUUCGCAUGUUCUCGGAAGAGAUUGCUCGAUCGGGCGAACAGUUAGGUAAUACGCCGCAAGCGUUCAGUCAUCUCGCUUUGAUAUCCGCUGCGUUCAACCUGGAUAGGACGUUAGGGAGUCCACAUUAGGCUUUUAGCUGGUACUAUCUGCAUAAGUUGUCAGCUUAGACCUUCUCAAUUGAACCAACUCGUGCCGC